UAAUAGACGGCAGUCUGUGGCACGACGUUGGAACGUUCGCAUGUUUUCACCGAGAAUCGGGGUUUCACCGUUCGCGUCCUUUUUACUCUGUUAGUUCAUACUGAAAGCACGUGUGAGCGUCGUUAUUCUUCUGUGGUGCACAAAAACGUCUCGUGUGUGUGUGAUUCGUGGUGACCAUAAGUGGUUGAAAAUAAGAUUUAGCGGUUUCCAUCUACACUAGUCAGGUGUUGCGGCGCAGCCACAAAAUCCUAGGAUACAAAACUUUUACAAGGAUAGCAGAACGACAAAAAAAAGCAACGGAACGGCCAGCGUGCGCUGGGCGAAAAAGAUCAUUUUAAUCCAGAAAUAACCGCACGGGAGGAACAGAUGACACCUCAUAACGACAUACAAGUUGGAUUUUCCAAAAAAGAUUAGAUUUUUGGUUUAAACCCUGUCAGUAGCAAACAUACAAUGACUGCAAAGAAAGACAAAGACUACAAGGGACACAAACACGGAAGCGAAAUAAGUGCUACAGCUCUAUCGUCAAAGUUAGACGCACACCUGCAGAACGGCAAUUCUGCCUCUGGCAUAAUCACAUCUCAGGACCCUCUCAAGCGUACAAAUAAACCACUGAUGGAGAAGCGAAGGAGGGCUCGAAUCAACCAAAGCCUUGCCAUUCUCAAAGCAUUGAUAUUGGAAUCAACGGUGAAGACAAAGUCUGGCGAUGGUCAGACCAAACAUUCCAAAUUGGAGAAGGCCGACAUCCUAGAACUGACUGUUAGGCACUUUCAACGUCAUCGAAAUCUGGAUAACCCGGUCAUAGACAAGUACCGAGCGGGCUACACGGAUUGUGCUAGGGAAGUCGCCAGAUACUUGGCUACUCCGGAACCACCGCCUCUCCCAAGUGUUCCCACACUGACCGAUGCUGGUUCGAAAGCUCGUUUGUUACGCCACCUAGAUAACUGUAUUGCUGAAAUCGACACCGAAAUUUGCCCUAAAAUACUCCCCAAUGGGAACGUACCGGAUGUGGUGAAGACGGAGUCCCUUUACGAUAAUCACAAUGGACUGAAAAAGGAUCUUCUAGAUUACAGUGGUCAAGACUCAAACCCAUUGGAUUUCAGCAAAACAAAUCGAGAGAUUGGUAGAUCACCUUUCUCUUAUCGAAGUCCGACAGUGGAACUUGCACUACAUACGCCAACACCCAAAAUGCAAGAUGAGAAUAAUAAUCGUGGAAAUCAUCGAGCAAAAUCCAUACACUCGCCCCAGCCACUUGUUUCACACCACCUCGAUGACACAAACCAUAGCAAUGAGCUAGCUGGCUUAUCUCCUCAACCAGGAAGCAGCAUUGGUGUCACCAGCUUUUCCAACCAUGUAUCACUUAACAAGAUGAUAUUGACCCAACAACAAAAACUGAUUGACAUAACGAGUUUGAAGAACUGUCGAGUAGAUUCCACCGUCAUUAAACAGGAACCUGGUAUGUUGGCAAGUUUUCCCGCCACUUCACCCACAAUUGCGUCGCCCACUCCAUCGUCGGGAAAAGUUGAAAUGGACAAGGAUGUUCCAAAUCCAUCGGAACACAUUCCUGCGCCUCCAUACCCAUCACAAAUGCGCAUCAACGACAGUCAAAUGGCACUGCUACUUCCGGAUCACUACAUCCAAUUGGCGACAGCACUUGGUUUGAACACGCAACCUAUCGUAGAGCAUCCCAACGCUCACUCCGCGACCGAUUUCGAAACACUCAUCGAGCAAAAUAGGAGACAGGCCGCGCUGCACGAAAAAAUGACCUCCGAUAUUUUGACAAACCUUCAUACACUGCCGGAAAAUGUUGAUGAAAAUUACUGGGAGUUGUAUAAAAAAUCACUCGGCAUCCCCGACUCCAUCACUAAAAUGACUCUGGAGGAUGUAAGAGCACUAAUGGCUAAAUCUGCACCAAAACCUCAAACACCACCGCCGCCAGUUAGUAAGAUGGAAGUGGAUGAUCCAGCAGACGAGAUACAUCCGGCAUCUACCGAAGUCGAAGAUGCAGAAAAUGAAACAUCUAACCAUAGUAUUAAGAAGGAGCUGAACCCAACAAGUCCAAUCGCUUCAUCGUCACAUGAACAAGCAGAGGACAAACAAGACGAAGAACUGGAGUCUUCUUCACAAGUUCAAGGUAAUUACGAGCCCGUGUCCUCCAACGAAGCGUCUUCAAACGAACAUCAUAAUGACGGUUCCAGCGAUGACAGCAUGUGGCGCCCGUGGUGAAAAAAUUAUUCAUCGUCGUAGAAAAAUGUAAAUAGAUUCCUAAUUGUGCAAUAUUUGAAUCGCUAAGUACUAGGCACUAUAAUCCUAGCUUAUCGUGACCCAUGAUGACCAGUGUGCGCAAAGUAGAUGGUUUGCACGCCCAAAAAACCUAGCAUCAUCCAGGAAUAUAACCGAACCCCUUGCUAUAGACGAGUGCCAAUUGGAAAUUCUCUCAGAUCCUCAAAACACUCCAGCUAAAUGUCUUAGACAGCCUACAAUAGAGCCAUGCUGCGAAUAAGUUGGAAAUUCCGUGCAUAUUGCAUAUAGCCUUCGCUUGUACCAUCUAAACUAAAGUGAGCAGUAUUACUUAAAUGUACUUUUCAACGUGAAAGAUGAAAUGAAAUUUCUCCGAUGAACGAAAUGGACUCUAGAUUAGGAAACAUAAUUUAUGCAAACAGAAUGUAAGUAAGAGAUACAAUGUCCCCAUGGAAACAUAAUUCGUGGGGGCAGUCGAAACCAAAACCAUGAAUAGAGAAAAUCAAUUCAAAAUUGGUGCAAACGUAUAUUGUUGUUCAAUGUUUCAGAUAGUAUGAUAAAUACCGUAAACACGUAUAACAAAUACACACACACCUUCGCUAAAUGCUAAACG